AUCUUUAAAAAUUAAAACAAUUUAAUUUGAUACCCUAAUACUCAAUUACUAUAGUACACUAGUGUAUGAUUAGUCGUAGACCUUCAAAUUGAUAACAGAAUAACUAGAAUAUUGGUAUUAAAUGGGCAAUUUGGGUCUUUUUUUUGUGUUCUAAUCAAGUCAUCUCUUUUGUUUAUUGGCUUCUUGGAGGUCACGUCUUUGUCCAUUUCACAAGUUUAUACUAUUCAACAAACUUAGUCUUGGUCUUCUUAACUUCCACUUUUUCUGGGUAUAUAUUUUCAGUUUCUGGGCAACUUUGCAUUUUUAGAUGUGUUUUUUAUGAGUGAUGAUGCAAAAUAUGUCAAACAACAACUUUGAUGGCCUUUUGAAGAUCAUUUAUGUGGUUUUUGCUUUCUGUGCUGCCCUUAUUCUAGGCGCUCUUAAAGGUUUGCUGGUGGGUCCAAUCGCUGGUCUCAUAUUGAUUGUAGGAAAUGUUGCAGUAAUUCUGGGCCUUUUCCCUGUACAUGUUGCUUGGACGUUUUACACCAUUGUAAACACUAGCAGGUUCGAUACACCACUUAAAGUAGCCAUUUUGUUGGCUUUGCCAGCUCUUGCUGCUAUUUGGUUGAGUCUGAGCAUAGCAGGAAGUGUUAUUGGGGGUGUGGGUUAUGGAUUUUUCACUCCUUGGGUUUCAGCUUUUGAGGCCUUUAGACAAGAGAAUGAAUCAAAUAAAUUCUUACACUGCAUUGUGGAUGGAACAUGGGACACUAUCAAAGGUAGCUGUACCGUUGUCCGGGAUUUUGCUGAUAUUUGCAUUCAUUCGUAUCCAGUUUACUUGAAGGAGGUUCGUGAAUCUACAGGCUCAGACGAGCUUCAGACUCUUAGGUUUAUCCAUGUACCAGCAAUCAUUGUUGUUGGUUUGAUGGGCCUAAUUGUCGACGUUCCUUCUUUCACUGUAAUCGCCAUAAUAAAGAGUCCUUUAAUGUUACUAAAAGGAUGGCAGCGACUAACACAAGACCUUAUUAGCCGCCAGGGCCCUUUUCUUGAAACAGCUUGUAUUCCAAUUGCUGGUUUGACAAUCCUCUUGUGGCCCUUGUUUGUUAUUGGAAGCAUUGUAUUGGCUAUCUUCUCAAGUGUUUUUGUUGGAUUGUAUGGUUCAAUUGUUGUCUAUCAGGAAAGAUCUUUUCGAAGAGGUCUUGCUUAUGUAGUUGCAAUGGUUGCUGAAUUUGAUGAGUACACUAAUGAUUGGCUUUACCUGAGAGAAGGAACUAUACUACCAAAGCCUCGAUACAGAAAGAAACAGGCUACACACUCAUCAGAUCUUACUGUUGGUACAAAUCAUGUUCGUGCUGACGGGUUCAGUUCUGCUUCCGCUGAUCCACCUGCAAUGCUUAUGCCUAGCUUAGGACCUUCUAGGUCAGUCAGAGAAACAAUUCAGGAAGUGAAGAUGGUUCAGGUGUGGGGAAACAUGAUGAAUACAAUAGAAAUUAAAGGAAAAGAACUUCUGGAUGCAAAUGUUUUAACUCGUGCUGACCUUUAUGAAUGGUUGAAAGCAAAGAACAGCCAUGAAGCACCAAUUAUUGGUGUUGGUCUUCAUAGUUAUUCAGCUUUGUAUACUCUCACAUGCUCCAUCCAAGCUGGAGCAGAUGGUAUAAUGCUACUUGACGGAGUGAUCAUUAACCAUGUGAAUAGACCCCAGGAUAGAAUUCUAGACUGGUUUUUUAACCCUCUAAUGGUAUUAAAGGAGCAGAUCAAGACCUUAAAAUUGGGUAAUGGUGAAAUGCAAUAUUUAGAGAGAGUGCUUCUUUUCGGGAGCCAUCCUCAGAGGAUGGAGGCCUGGGAAAACGGUUCUGUGAUAUCUCAAGAUCCUCUCAGAGCUGCACAAAUUCAAGGCAUUAGCAGAAGGAUGACUGGAAUGUCAAGAAGCAUAACCAAACUACCCACAUACAGGAGGAGAUACCGCCAUCUUAUCAAGAAUUUGCUUGCUUAUCAAUCGGAGAAGGAAGGUGUCUCGAACAAGUAUGAGUCUGUAAGAUCCAUCGCUUCAGAGGAGAUUGUGUAGGAUUUAUAUUUUUUUUUCCUUUUCAAAUUGUAUAUAAAUACAUUUGUUAUUGUAAAAAGAUGAAAAUCUAGUCAAAUAGAUGGGCAUUCUUUGUUUAUGCUUCAGUUGAUAGUGAUUGGUGAUAUUCUGGAGAGUGUAUCAUAAUUCAUAGCUAUUGUUGCCCAUUUGGGAUUUAGGCAUAGUUAUAUUUACUUAUAUGUUUAUGAAAUAUGAAUCGGUUUCAGGGUUCUUGACA